CGAAGUUGAGCAGUUCCGGUAGGAAAGACCAGUCGCUACCAAAUUCUGAAGAAGAAAUGAUGACUUAGUCGCACUUCCUCUUACCAUGUGUCCAGUUCACGCUCUGCCUUUUUGCUCAGUCCUGAAACACUCUCAGUCCGGCCUCAAUGUAUCCCUAUGGCCAUACUCACUGUUUGAUAGACCAGCAGAUCACUUAGUCCAGUCAUUCGUUACAGGAAGAUCACCUCGUUGACAUGCCGGAAGAAUGGCAUCUGCGGGACCUCAGCGCCCUACCGCAACCACCACCAGUCCUUUGCAUCAGAUCAACAAGGAGAACACAUCACCUCGGUCUUCUCAUGGUAGCCACGAUGAACCACCCCAAAAGACACUUCGAAGAUCAAAGUCACUACGCUUGUUGAGGAGGAACGUUGCUUCCUCCGACAGCCCUCCAGAUGAUGACUCCAUAUACAAUGCGGAAAGAGUUGGUUCGAGUGAGGAUCUUGCUUGGGGAGAGGAGCCACAAUCAGAGAAUACACCAGAUGCUUUAGCAAUAUUUCCUCUUCCUUUGUCCUCUGCCAGUCCUCCAAAUGGAACCACGAUCUCACACAGCCGAUGGCCCGCGCCACAGCUCAACACGAUUCUCGAGGCGAAUAGCGUCUCUUCUCUUCGUACUUCACGCUCGUUUCCACGAUUGAAAGCGAGUCCGGGACGAACAUCACGAAUCGUCCACCCACAGUCAUCUAUCAAUUCAAUUCAUCCUAAGCAAGCACCCCCGUCUUCGAAACAAAUCUUAACGUCAAGUCACGGGUAUCGACGUCGCUCGUUAUCUCUCAAUGACUUGGACUGCAUCUUGGCAUUGUCAACGCGGAAAAGUCGCUCACCACAAUCGUCUUCUUCCGAUGACGCCCUGGAACAAUCAGCACGGGUUCCAUCUUUCCCGAACAAGCCAGUGGAACCUCCGCCAUACAGAAUUCCAACCCCUCCGGGGCUGCCGCCCUUCGGAUCACAACAAGCGACAGAGUACCGCCUGCGCCCACUGAACCACAGAUCUCUCUGGAACCGUUUGUGGCACGACAGUCACGAUGAGAGUGAUGAGCAACGGGCACCCAGUCCACGAUCUAUCGGCUCGUCCUCACCAAUCCCUCCGAGUCAAUCGGCAAGUCCAUCCGGUGAAAUUUUCAAAAGGACAUUGGCCAUGAUAGGGAUGUCCAGGGUGGUCUCCCCACCACCUUCAUCGGCUGGACCAUCCAGGGCGCCGCUACCCCCAGGAGUCUACACUUCGAAUAUACCCGGGCCACUAGCUCGCGCCGAUGAUGGUACAUAUAUGAGAGGCCGAUUCGGUCCUCGAACCAGUGGACACGGUAUAGGUUCGAGGAACCUGGAGUCCCAUCCUUUGGCUCAGCUACACUCUAUUGAUAACACAAUCAGAGAAAUUGACAAAGCAUGCGAGAGAGGAGACAUCCAGCAGGCACUUGCUGGAAGCCUCGAAAGCGAAACAGGCCCUGGUGAUACAAGCCAUGCUCAGAGGAAUGCUCCAAGGGGUGAAGCAAGUCCGCGAUCGCGACGGUCUUCUCGAGAAGAUAGGGACGCAUAUCAUUCGGGCCAAAGUCCGCCGCUGUUCUCAAGUCCUUCUAUGCCCGCAUCAGAAAUCGACAUUCCAAGCUCGGCUCAAAGAGAAUUCCGAAACAUCAAUCUGUCACACCGACCUAGAGUUGCUCAACUUAGAUCACCGACGGACUCUACCAUGAUGCGGUAUGGCCCUGAUUAUACCCCGACGACGGUUGUAUCUCUCCGAAGUCUCGGUAGUCACAUGAGUGGUAUUCCGGAGGAUGGACGGCCGAGUGAGACUAGCGAGACCUCGUCGGACGAGCAAAGAGACCAGAUGAGGACGGCCUGGAAUCAAAUGUGGUCCGCCUUUGAUGACUGCUGUCGUGUCUUUUGGCGUGGAAGUUGGUGUAAUCGGGAUUCACCAGACUAAUGACAUGGGCUGCGGUAGAAACCCCCAGUAUCCGUAGCAUCCAGGCGGAUUCUGUACAUGAGAAUCGUCGCUUCAAUGACAUUCACGCCGAGCUGCUCCUGGAGGGUUCGUCCUCACAAAAUAACCAGCCUGAUGUGUAUG